AUGAAAUUGGGAAAAGCUAUCCCAAAACACGAGUGGUCGGAAUUGUUGGAAAAUCGCAAGCUUGCACGAGCACCAUUGGAUGCAGGAGAAGUAGAGCAAUAUGAUCGAGCUGUUCGACAAGAUCGCCAGCGUGCAAGGCGAAAGGUGCUGUUGCCAGAAUGCAAAGGCAAACACAGCACGCGAAUUCAGGAAGCAGCUGAGAUGGGUGAAGUCGAGAAGCGAUUCGGUUCACUAGCUGAUCUUGCUGAAAACGAUGUUGGGCUGCCAGCGCCUGGAGAUCCAAUAUCACGCAUGGUUGAACAAUGGUGCAAGCAAGGCUCUUGGGGAAUAUGUGAGCAAUGCCGAUCUCUCCAACCACUCCCUUUGCGGCCAAUCGAUUUGAAGCGAUCCAGAAAGCCAACUAUUUCUGCAAACAUGUGCACGGCUUGUGCGCAUGGUGAAUACGUACCUUGUUUGGAGGACGUGCCAGUUGCUCUACGAUCUUUGUCUCCAAGUGUCGUCACUGCCCUGCGGCCAUUAGACAUUGACACUGGACUGGAAUGCGCGCUGUGGCCCAAUUUGUAUUGGCACCGCAACCUGUGCGAAACUGUCUCUCGAGCAUGCCAUGAAAUUCGACUCCGAAAGCGCAAGGCAGAAGAUGAACCAGUUGAGUCGGAGACUGAUUCAGAGGAGUUGGAGCAGCCAGACAUCCGUUGUAGCAAGCUUGGAAGGAUCAAGCGUGGAUUUCUUCGAAAAGUAUUCUCUCCACUGAUCGGGUAUGGGACAGACUACCAGCUGCUUCACUUUGUCUAUGAUCUCAGCAUGUGGACAACCGUCGGCACCAAGAAGAAUGUAGCUCGACGAGCUGACGUCCCUCUUCGUCUGGUGCUCAGCAGUUGCCCUUGGACGCCACAAUAUUGGCAUGUCCGACACCGUGCAGUCAUCGACAUGCAACGACAGUGUGGAAACGCAAGUCUGUUCCGCACACGAGCUCCUUAUGAGAUGACCUUUCCUUAUCAUGAGUGGGUUAUGCACGAACAGCGCACUGCUGGUCGCUCUCGCAUGCAUUUAGCCGGGGCGGAAACACUGCAUAUGGCACAUGUAUUGUUGGAAUUAGACAAGGCCUUCAUUUCGGGGUCUCGCAGAACAUCAAGCCGAGAAGACCGAUUAUGGCAAGAACACCUGUUGGGCCCCAAGUGGUCAAAGGAUGUGCAAACAGUCGCCAACAGAAUGACGCGGCUGGAGUUCCAAGAUGGGAAAAGGAAGAAAGUCGCGAGAAAUUAUCAUGGGAGGGGCACAACACACAGCCACUCAUUGGAUUUUCUAAAGAACCUCAAGGAAAUUGGGUUGGAACACAAAAUCUCAGCACACUUGCCCAGCAAGGAAACGCAUCCAUUCCUACAUGGAUUGGUCAUGGAUGGCCAAAGAGAUCGCUCAAGCUCCAAGCUUCCAGUGCGUCACCAAGACUCUGAAUGGGACGAAGAUACCCAGAAGGUUCUUUUGAAGCACACCAAAGAAGAUCAGGAUCUACAUCUUCGAGCGUACUUUCCACAAACCAUGGAAAUCACCAAGUGCCAUGAAGAUGUGCAGCAACCAGAUGGAAAUGGAGCCGUGCUUCGCUACGUUGCCACAUAUGCCAUGAAAUUCAGUGAUUCCAUGGACAAAGAAUGGCUCAACGAUCAUGCUUCAGAUUACAGCGUCGCCCGACGCAUUCUGUUUAGCUAUCAUCCGCUUGAGCCUGAAAUGUGGCUAUCGUUGGCACAAGAAAGGUUCCCACAAGUAGAUUAUAAGGGAACCUUAAUUGACUUCUUCGUUCCUCUGCCAGGCGUUGAAGUCAAGCCUAAGCUACUCAAGAAUUAUGAAGAGGCUUCCUGGCGUGGCCGCAACAUGUCCUUCCUCCAAUUCCUCCGCAAAUCUAAUGCCAAUGGUGGCAUUCUUCGACACAUCAAAGAAAAGCACGCGCAGCAUGUGCAGGAUGCUUUGACGCAAAUGAUGAUUUCCAAAGGUUAUUCGACCAAGGAAGCAGCCGCUCAAAGUUCGCAGCUGGUAAGGAGCUUCAAGCAACGAACUCGCGCUGGAGAAAAUCUGGGCAGCUUGGUUGCUUUUGUCAAGCAAAAGUUUGGCGAGGCUCAUGUUGUGGAACUCGAAAGAUUUGCAAAUGAAUGCCAACCAGAAGGCGAAAAACUUGUCGCAGCUGGUAUGUACAGUAUGCUGAACGAUCGGUAUUAUGGACAAUGGCUCGUUUUACAUCAUCCAUUCAAGCUUCUUGAAGACUUGACUUCCCAAAUGGACGCCGUCCUUUCGCAGGUGCCAAACCAUUAUCGCUACUUCACAAUGGCGUUGCAAGCAAAUCCUCAGUUCUGGACAGAUGACGUGGCCAUUCGCCACCAAAUGGAGCUUGAGGCGAACAGUCGGGCUAUGGUCGAAAGCAUCUUGAACAAGGUGAGGGCACAACGAAGUUUGAUCAGGAGUUAUCUGAACGGAGAAUUGGCCCCUGGCGAUGAUAUAUCCCCCACGCAAAGUUCCACUGAACCUCGUGUUUCCGAAGUGGGGGCGAAUCGUCCAAAGCUGACACUUUCUCAGAAAAAGCUUCGUGACAUUAUGAAGCCUCUAGUGCAGCGCUCGCUGGACGCAACGCGUGCUGUCGAGGAGGAAGAAAUUGAAAGACUAGUAGCCGCAGCGACGGCGAGCAACAAGAUGCUUUUUGCAAGUGGACCACCAGGAACAGGUAAAACUUUUGUCGUGCAUCAGCAAAUUCAGCGCUGGCAGAGUCGAGGAGCUCGCAUUCUGUUCGCGCUUCCAACUGGGCAGCUUGCUGCAGAGAUGCGCGCGAGGCAUCCCAAUGUCGACAUCGACACCUACCAUGGCGGGCUCUUGUUCCACAAGGAGCUCUCCGAAAGCUUGGGGAUUUUCACGCAAUACGAUUUGAUCGUGCUCGACGAGGUCUCCAUGCUAACAGAAGAGCAGUUUGAAAGGGUUGUGGCAAUGUGGGUGGCGUCAGAUAGACUGCCUUGUCUAUUGCUCGUGGGUGACUUCUGGCAGCUCCCCGUCGUGGAUCGCAACGCGAAGCGCUGCGACGAAAGCAUCCUAUGGAAGGUGAAUGUCAAAAUCAUCGACUUCAAAGAGCAAGUGCGAUGCAAGGAUUUGGCUUUGCGAGACAAACUAUCUUUGUUGCGCACAGCACAACCAAACAAAAAGCAGCUGCGAGAAAUAUUGCGGAAUCGACGCGCCUGGAAGAAUCACGAUCCAGAUGGCUGGGACAUCCUCAGUCUACUCCGACAGCACCCUGCGACCACCAUCGUGACUUGCACGCGGAAGGCUUGUGCUCUGGUGAAUGCUCUAGCUGUCAAAGUCUUGUUCGAAGAUCGACACAAGAAGCCUUUGGGUUCCAUCCUCAUGGACUUCGAAGCAAACAGCGAAAACUACCUCGCUGACGGCUCCUUGAAAUCAGGCACUUUGCUAGCAGCAAAUGUGGCGGUCUACAUUGGAGAAAGAAUAUUCUUAACCAGAAACCUUGACAAAGAAAAUGGCUUCGUGAAUGGGAUGCCUGCUGUUGUGGAGGGAUACGAUGCUGAUUGCCAGUGCCUACGCGUGGUCACAAAAGUAGGCAAGACAUUGGCCAUCUAUUUGUACACCGAGGAGGUGCCAGGCCAUGGUAAUGUAACCUUUUUCCCUGUUCGUGUUGGCUACGCGGCAACGAUCCAAAAGAUCCAAGGAGCCACGCUACCCCACAUCACCAUAUGGCUUGAUCGGGCAGGAUGUCGCGCGGCGGCUUACGUGGCUAUGUCCCGAGUAGAACACGACGAGGACUAUUUGAUUGCAGGUAGUGUGCGCACCAAUCACUUCAUACCUGCACAAUAA